CUCGCCGGCUCGCCGAAGGGGUAGACUUAGCGGCGAAAGGGGAACAGUUAGCGGCCGAGAUGGGCAUCAAUGACGGCUGCUGGGGGUUCUGAGGGACUCGGCGCGUAGGUAUCGCCCAUCGAGGCCAGGGGACUAGAGCAUAUCUACUGUAUGUACCCUGCUUUUAGAGCAUAUCUAUUGUGCCCCUGCUUUCAGAGCGUAUCUGCUGUACCCUGCUUUGUAGAGCAUGUCUACUGUACCCUCUUUUUUGCGGCGUGAGGACGGAUGCAGGUGCGUGUGCAGUAGAUACAUGGAUGGCUAUGCAUGCUGAUCUGCCGCGCUUUUGUGCCGCUGCAGAGUGGUGUAUCUGAAACAAGUGGGGACGGGGCUGCGGACGGAGAAGACUGCGCAGCGGACGAUGCCAUGCGGACGCUGUGGAGAGUGCGUCUUUGCGUACGUGGGAGAGUUGAGACAUGGCUGCAGACGGAGUAAACUGCGCAGCGAACUAUGAACUAUGCUAUGUGGACGCUUCAGCGAGUCUUGGAAGGGAGUGGGGCUUUGCGGCGUUGGAGAGGUGGUGUGGAGAAGAGGUUCGUCUAGAGAAAGCUACGUUAGAGUGUGUCGAAAGCAGCAACGCCAAUCACACCAUUUCCCGAUUCUCAGGUCGAGGAGCCGGAUGGGGGAAUUGAGCUGAGCUGGAUCGGCGGGGUGCGCGUUGAAGCGUGGAAUGUCGUUAUCUGUGGUCAGAGUAGACAGUCUGAUGCUAGGUAUUUCGCAACCUCGUCACGGACACUAUCCAUGGCCUGGCCAUCGCGCGCGCUGUUUCAUGAUGGCUCGAAGCA